AUGAAUACAGACGAAGAAACAAGAUAUAAUCUCGCCCACCUGCAGACUGUGGCAAGUUCAAUGGCGCAACAGGUGGCUGGUACUUAUGAAGCGGAGCAACAAGCAAACAUGACGUCAGUAACCGACGAGGAAUCACAGAUUAAUGACACAAAUAGUGAGAAAGAUGCCGCUAAAGGAUCCAACAGUUAUGCUGUUAAUUCAUUUUCUUCAGCAGCUGGGUCACAACCACAAGCAUACAACCCAGAUGGGCAAAAUACAGCUAAACCUGCUGUAACUCAGCCAGAGGAAAAUGAGGAAAACGUCCCAAUAUCUCCGACUAAGACGCGACUAUACUCUCCGAAAUUAGCUUCUCAAAGGAAAAAAAUUACAGUAAAAUUUAUCAUUUCUAAUCUUUUAUUAGCGGGUGUUUGUCUGUCUAUUUUAUCUUUAUAUUGGGGGUCCCUUUAUCAAACCACUAAGCAUUUGGAAAGAAUUAGCAUCAUAGCAAUAAUACAGGAUGAUUAUAUUCCACCAAAUGAUUUGAAUCUUACUUCAGUGGUAGCACCAGUUCCAUCAUUCAUUGAACAAUCCACUGGUAAAUGGCACGUGUAUAACCAGUCUUAUUUCCAAGAAAAGUUUAAUGUCCAGGAUCCAACAAUGAUUAACGAAAGACUAAACGCAUUAAUUCAUGAUGAAAAAUAUUGGAUCGCAUUGAAUAUUGGGGCAAAUUUAACAAUGAGAAUCGUAAAUUCCCUAACAACUCCAAACGAACCAUUUUUCAACUCCACACAACAUAUCAGAGUAGUAUAUGAGACAUCAAGAGAACCUACAACCUUGGAAGCUUACAUGCUGCCCAUAAUCCAGGAAAUUGAAUUAGCAUACCAAGACUUUUAUCAUACUGAAUAUCUACCAGAAUUAUUAUCAAAAUUACAAAACUCCACCACAACUCCUCUUUCUAAUACUGGAGCAGCUAACUUGGCAAAUAUAGGUAAAUUUCAAUUUGAUUAUGAUGAUAUAUUGGUUUUCCCAGAUCGUAUCCUGAUCGCACCAUUACAAGUUGGGUUAAUCUAUUGUUUAAUUCUUACCGUCUUCCAAUUAUCAUUAUUCGGUCCCCUUCAUGCAGAAAUGGCUAAAUAUUUAAAGCCAAAACAUAUUAUCAUUUACAGAUUAUCAGUAUCAUGGGCUACAUAUUUCUUUCUAUCAUUAUUCUUUUGUACUGUCUCAGCCAUUUUCCAAAUUGAUUUCACAGUAACUUUUGGUAAGGGUGGAUUUGUUAUAUACUGGAUGACAACGUACUUGGUAAUGUUAGCCCUUGGUGGUGCAAAUGAAAAUGUCUUAAGUUUAAUUAUCCUUUUCAUUCCAGAAUACUUACCUUUAUGGUUAUUAUCAUGGAUUAUUAUGAAUAUUUCUCCAACCUUUAACCCAAUGGUGUUAGAUAAUGUGUUUUACAGGUACGGGUACAUGAUGCCACUUCAUCAAGCCCUGGAUAUUUUCAAAGUGGUGUUCUUGAAUGUCUCGAAGAGACAUAUGGGGAGAAAUUAUGGUAUUUUGGUUGCUUGGAUCGUCGUGAACACCUGUUUGUUCCCUCUGGUGAUGAAAAUUGUGGGAAAAACCGUUCAAAAGAGAAUGGAAGCUAAAAAGAAUUGA